ACACAGACACGUAGUGGAAUCACUCGAUGGCCGGCAAUGUGCACCGCGUCAUCGUUCCAAGUAUCUCGCUGUUGCUUUUCAAAGUGUUAGCGUUAAUUUAUUUUAUUUACUUUAUCUUUUUUAUAAUAACAAUUUCAAUUUCACAUAUACAUAUAUUUAACACGUUUACAAAAAAAAAAACAAUUGGUGUUGCUGAAAGGAGAUAAAUAUUAAACUAUUAAUUCUUCGAUAGAAAAAAUCAUAAUAAUAAGGAUAUUGACAAUUUCCACAAUUUCAAUUCACGUGUUCUAAGUGCCACCGACUUUAUGUGUCUAUAGGAAUAUAACUUACAUUUGACUUUGUUUUUUCAUAUUUAGAUCUUUUUAUAUAAUGAAACAGAUCUUUUUUUAUUGAAUUAUUGACUUUCUUUAUACUUUCACCGGUGUUUCACUUACCACGUACAUGUUCAUUCAUCGUAACUACUGGUCAAUGAUGUCAAAAUACAAUUAUUUCACUUUUUCAAACACUUUUUAUUGAUGAUUAGUAUAUUUCUCACGUUCCUAUUAGAGAUGUAAGGUACCAAGUAAAAGGUGCGUGAUAUCAUAAAUGCAUAUAGUACCUUUUGAUGCUUUUGAACGCGACAAACAUUGUUGCUCGAGUGUAGUGAGUGCGUAUCGUGGGAGGUAACGCCUCGGUGCGAUCCUCCCGGUGAGGAAAGAAUCGAAAGUGGUGUUAACUAUUGAAGAUGGAGAGUCGCGUGCUUGGAGGCCCCACGCCGGAAGAGACAACAGCGGCGGUAACCACAAGCUGCGGUAUCGGUACAGCCUCUCCAGUGUCAACGGCGCCGAUCAACGCGGUUCCUGGUGUCACUGGUGCCGGCGCUCUCACUUCAGCCACUUGUACUAUACAGAAUUCUGUGGUCGUGGUGGCAAGUCCGCCGACGAAACAUCAGCAACCUGCUACCGUACUAUCCACUAUCCCUACUGUCCCUCCUGUUCCUACUGUCCCAAGUGUUUCCGCAGUCAGCGCGGUUACCGCUGCUGUACCGAAGAUACUCAGCAGAAAUGUCAAUGGCACGCUCGUGCAGACAUCCGUACCUCAGAAUGAAGCGGAACUUCAACUAUACAGGGUGAUGCAACGUGCCUCUCUGUUGAGUUACUAUGACACACUUUUAGAAAUGGGUGGUGAUGACGUGCAACAAUUAUGUGAUGCUGGAGAAGAGGAAUUUCUGGAAAUUAUGGCACUCGUUGGUAUGGCGAGCAAACCUCUUCAUGUCAGAAGACUUCAAAAAGCUCUUCAGGAAUGGCUUACAAAUCCCUCACUUUUUCAAACACCAGUCGUUCCAACGUCUGCCACAUGCAAAACUCCUGCCGGCAUGGGAUUCCCCUGCGUGAGUCCCAGGCCACAAGUGCAAAAUCUUCAAGGUUUCACAACGACCUCUCAAACGCCAACUCCUACACCUUACGUCUCUUCACACGUAUCCCUAACACCAUUACCAUGCAGAAGUACCAGCCCUAUUGUAUCCGUUACAAGUGUAACAGCACCAGUCGCCACGACUACAUUUCGACAAAGUCCGAGUCCCAGUACACCUUUACCUUAUACCACUUCUCACAGUCCUGGUGUGUUACAGGUAGGAACAUGCGAAUCAUCUUGUGGCAGUGGUACAACCCCAAGUCCCAGUGGUGGUGGCGGUGGUGGUGGUGGCGCACCUGCAAGCCCAACACAACCCACCCCAACUCUUUUGCAAUCUCAAAUACAAAGACUUGCAGAGGCUGCUGAAAGACUCGCCACUACUAUCCGUCCGGUCGAUCCAAAGCCUCAUAAUGUUAAAAAAAAGAUUUGCAAAAAUUUGGAAUUGGUAAUGGCUAUGCCUGACAGUGAUCCACGUAGAAUGGAAGAAAUUCGAAAAUAUGCUGCAAUUUAUGGAAGGUUUGACUGUAAGAGGAAACCGGAGAAACCGUUGACAUUGCACGAAGUGUCAGUAAAUGAGGCUGCAGCGCAAAUUUGCAGGUUCGUACCUGCCCUACUUACUAGAAGAGAUGAACUUUUUCCUUUGGCCCGCCGUGUUGUGAGAGAUUCUGGGUAUCAUUAUUCAAAAAAUCAUUAUUUAUCCGUUUCGAGGCCACGUGAAAAUGGCGAGGAAAACGAUGCCGAGCGUACAAAGCGACAAAAGCUCGAGCUCGAGGGUGAGAAUGAAGAUGCGACGCAGGAGGAGUUGGAUCUACGUUGUCCUGAAAUGGAUAUAAAUAAUUCGACAAUCAGAAGACAUAGAUCUUCAAGUCCAGUUUGGAGGAAGAAGAAUAACAAUGGCAUGUUCAGUGCGAGUAUCGAGGAGAUUAGUGAUUCGGAUAGUCAACUUUCAUUUUCAAAUGAAGAAUCUUCGUCGAUACAUGACACUAAUGAAGUUGAAGCAGAUAAUACGGAUAAAGAAAGUGAUUUUAAUCUUAAGGUAAUAGCUUCGCGAGGAGAUAAUAUAAUUGCUGUGGCGAAUCCUGCAUUAAUGGAAUGUAAUCAUCCUAUAAAAGAAGAACCAACAGAUGAGAAACCAACACUGUGAUAUUGUUAGAAAAUUGUAUUGUCAUAUUUCCAUCAUUCCUAGAAACAUAUUUUAGCUUAUAUUACAAUUAGUAUUAUUAUUACUCGUAUUUGACCAUUGUUGUAUAAUUUACUAUAAUAUACAUAUAAUUUUUUAUCGAUUAUACAUAAUUUUUUAUCAAUAUUAUACAUGUUAUUAUACAUGUAAAAUUUUCUUCAUUAAAAAUUAUUUAAAACAGAUUUUAUAAUUACAUGCAAGAUGAACAAAAUUAUGCUAAUGCAACUCUGGUCGGUAUAAAAUUUUUAAAUAAAUACUUCGUAUAUAUUUUAAACUAUGAAAACCUUUGUAUAUAUAUCAAUUUCUUUAAAUCAAAAAAAGCAUAUGCUGACUGAAUAUAAUUGCGUAUUGUAUAACAUUAAAAUUUGUAAAUAUAAUGAACAUUUUUUCAUUCAAUGUAUUGUAUUUUUAAAAGAAUCUAUACAUUAUCACUCAAUUUAUGUAAAAUUAAUAAAUAUAUAUAAUAAUAA